AUGCCAGGCGCGGGAAGCGGCGGGGGAGGGGGAGGGGGAGGGGGAGGGCUGCGCGUGAGCACGCUGAACGGCGUGAAGGUGUACAACGUGUCGGGCGGCAAGGCCGUGCCCGAGUGGAUUUCGGACAAGAAAAAGCGCGCUCUCAGGAAGGACGAAGACUACCUGCGGCGCAUCGAGCUCAUUCAGGACCUCGAGUUCAAAGUCGCCUCCACGCGGAUCAAGGCGUCCCGUGACGGAAAAUACCUCCUCGCUUCAGGUGCGGGUGUGCGGGUGUACGAGCUGGCAGAGCUGUCCCUCAAGUUUGAGCGCAAUCUGGACUCGGAAAUUGUUGACUUUCAGGUGCUCACAGACGACUACAGCAAGAUUGCCUUUCUGUGUGCCGACCGCUCCGUGUGCUUCCAUGCUAAGUUUGGAGCUUACUUCAAGACACGCAUCCCCAGGAUGGGCCGUGGAUUGGCGUACGACCCAGCAUCGUGUGACCUGCUGCUUGCUGCUUCCUCGCCUGAAAUUUACCGGAUCAACUUGGAGCAGGGUCAGUUCCAGCAGUCGCUGCAGUCGCGGUCGCCAGCAGUGAAUGUGAUCGGUCGCAGCCCCUCCCACGGGCUCGUUGCAUGUGGAGGGGAGGACGGUGCCUUGGAGUGCUUUGACAACCGCCAGGCCUCCGCCGUGUCUCGCAUUGAUGCCGUUGGCGCUACUGGGAAUGCCGAGCAGCAAGUGACAGCAGUGCGAUUUGAAGACACGGAGGGCAUGCAUUUGGCUGUCGGCACAAGCACAGGGCAGGUGUUGCUGUACGACCUUCGCUCCUCCAAGCCCUAUCGGAUCAAGGACCACAUGUACGGCAGUCCCAUUCACAGCAUCAAGUGGCACAGAGGCAUAGCGGGGUCAUCACAGCACAUCAUCUCAACAGACAAGCGCAUCAUUAAGAUCUGGACCCCCACCACGGACUCCAACGUGACGAGUGUGGAGCCAACCGAACCGGGAGGAAUCAACGACGUGUGUGUGAUGCGCGGCAGUGGGCUGAUCGUGGCAGCCAUGGACUCGCCCCGCCUGCAGGCAUACUUCAUCCCCUCUCUCGGUCCAGCGCCACGUUGCAAUGGACUCGCCCCGCCUGCAGGCCUACUUCAUCCCGUCGCUGGGCCCCGCCCCUCGGUGGUGCUCGUUCCUCGAAAAUAUUACGCCAUGGACUCGCCCUGCCUGCGGGCCUACUUCAUCCCUUUCCUGGGCCCCGCACCGCGCUGGUGCUCGUUUUUUGAGAGCAUCACGGCGUCGAGUUUUGAGUCGACUCAAAAGUCAACAGAGGCGUCGAGUUUUGAGUCGACUCAAAAGUCAACAGAGGCGUCGAGUUUUGAGUCGACUCAAAAGUCAACAGAGGCGUCGAGUUUUGAGUCGACUCAAAAGUCAACAGAGGCGUCGAGUUUUGAGUCGACUCAAAAGUCAACAGAGGCGUCGAGUUUUGAGUCGACUCAAAAGUCAACAGAGGCGUCGAGUUUUGAGUCGACUCAAAAGUCAACAGAGGCGUCGAGUUUUGAGUCGACUCAAAAGUCAACAGAGGCGUCGAGUUUUGAGUCGACUCAAAAGUCAACAGAGGCGUCGAGUUUUGAGUCGACUCAAAAGUCAACAGAGGCGUCGAGUUUUGAGUCGACUCAAAAGUCAACAGAGGCGUCGAGUUUUGAGUCGACUCAAAAGUCAACAGAGGCGUCGAGUUUUGAGUCGACUCAAAAGUCAACAGAGGCGUCGAGUUUUGAGUCGACUCAAAAGUCAACAGAGGCGUCGAGUUUUGAGUCGACUCAAAAGUCAACAGAGGCGUCGAGUUUUGAGUCGACUCAAAAGUCAACAGAGGCGUCGAGUUUUGAGUCGACUCAAAAGUCAACAGAGGCGUCGAGUUUUGAGUCGACUCAAAAGUCAACAGAGGCGUCGAGUUUUGAGUCGACUCAAAAGUCAACAGAGGCGUCGAGUUUUGAGUCGACUCAAAAGUCAACAGAGGCGUCGAGUUUUGAGUCGACUCAAAAGUCAACAGAGGCGUCGAGUUUUGAGUCGACUCAAAAGUCAACAGAGGCGUCGAGUUUUGAGUCGACUCAAAAGUCAACAGAGGCGUCGAGUUUUGAGUCGACUCAAAAGUCAACAGAGGCGUCGAGUUUUGAGUCGACUCAAAAGUCAACAGAGGCGUCGAGUUUUGAGUCGACUCAAAAGUCAACAGAGGCGUCGAGUUUUGAGUCGACUCAAAAGUCAACAGAGGCGUCGAGUUUUGAGUCGACUCAAAAGUCAACAGAGGCGUCGAGUUUUGAGUCGACUCAAAAGUCAACAGAGGCGUCGAGUUUUGAGUCGACUCAAAAGUCAACAGAGGCGUCGAGUUUUGAGUCGACUCAAAAGUCAACAGAGGCGUCGAGUUUUGAGUCGACUCAAAAGUCAACAGAGGCGUCGAGUUUUGAGUCGACUCAAAAGUCAACAGAGGCGUCGAGUUUUGAGUCGACUCAAAAGUCAACAGAGGCGUCGAGUUUUGAGUCGACUCAAAAGUCAACAGAGGCGUCGAGUUUUGAGUCGACUCAAAAGUCAACAGAGGCGUCGAGUUUUGAGUCGACUCAAAAGUCAACAGAGGCGUCGAGUUUUGAGUCGACUCAAAAGUCAACAGAGGCGUCGAGUUUUGAGUCGACUCAAAAGUCAACAGAGGCGUCGAGUUUUGAGUCGACUCAAAAGUCAACAGAGGCGUCGAGUUUUGAGUCGACUCAAAAGUCAACAGAGGCGUCGAGUUUUGAGUCGACUCAAAAGUCAACAGAGGCGUCGAGGUGA